UACUGCGUAGCCUGAUGCAUAAUAUAAAUAGUUCUGAGCACAGGAUAUAUAUUAUAAGACAGACGGAGAGAGAGCUAGGAGACAUGGAUCAUAGACAGCUGAGAGACAACAUCCGGACCUUCAGCCUCGGUGACUGCGCUCGGGGGAAUCAGGGGUAUAACCGGGUUCUCCUGCAGCUAUUCGGUUAUACAGGUCACGGGAAAUCCUCUCUGAUCAACUCUUGUAUAUACGCCCUGGAAGAUGCUGGUGGAUUUAUCGAGCGUGCUGAGGCUGGCGAUAAACAUAAAGGAACAACUAUGAUAAGAAAAGCAUAUGAGCUCACUGGUAACAUCACCAUGGUGGACAAUAGAGGGUACAGUAAAAUGGACGGCUUCCAGAGAGCUGAAGUUUAUGCCCAACUGGGAAACUUCCUCCCUGUAGGUGAGAAGGUGGUUUGGAAAGAUAAUUACACUGAUAUGAUGACAAGUGUGGAGCGAUCUGAAAUGGACCCAAAUUACACAGACUUCAUUGUUCCUGUUUUGGUUUAUAGUGUCAAGUCCGGACUUUCAGAAAGGACAGAACUGAAAACAUUUAUCAGUAACUGUAUAGAAAUGACAGGAGUUGCCCCCAUCAUUGUCCUCACCAACAAAACCAGCAGAGAUUACUUGGAGGUGGAGAAGCGGUUCAAGCUGAUAGGGGCUGAGACUGUGAUAGUCGUGGAGAACUACACCAAGGAGAGCCAGAUAAAAACUCUGGACAGAACCACAGACUUCCUGAUGUUCAUAAAUGGUGCCAUAAAACAAGUAAAAUUCCGUAUGGAACAGACAAGGAACCCGCGGGAAGAGCGAGUACAGCGGAAGAUAUUCCUGCUCCAGUACAUACAUGAGGCUGAUAAGAAACAGGAGGAAGAGAAAAGAGAGUGGGAGAGGCGUCAGGAAGAGGCAAAUAGUAGAAAGGGAUUUUGGGCAUGGCUUAAAAGUUGGUUUUUCUAGCUAGAGAUGCCAGAAGUGAGCAGGAUCUGGGAAAUGGGAAAUACUGUAUCACUUAAACCGGGUUUUCAUCUUUUUGUGGCAUAAUUUCAUAACCUUCACUUACUGUACCGUAGACCUAUAAUAGAUGUCCCCACGUUGUAUACAAGGCAGGUGUCCCCUUCAUGUACUUCCAGUUCUCUCUAUAUAUACAUACCGCCAAUGUGUCCUGGCCACAUCUCCUUCCACAUACAUACCACCAUCGUGGCCUGGCCACAUCUCCUUCCACAUACAUACCACCACCGUGACCUGGCCACAUCUCCUUCCACAUACAUACCACCACCGUGACCUGGCCACAUCUCCUUCCACAUACAUACCACCAUCGUGGCCUGGCCACAUCUCCUUCCACAUACAUACCACCAUCGUGGCCUGGCCACAUCUCCUUCCACAUACAUACCGCCACCGUGACCUGGCCACAUCUCCUUCCACAUACAUACCACCAUCGUGGCCUGGCCACAUCUCCUUCCACAUACAUACCGCCACCGUGACCUGGCCACAUCUCCUUCCACAUACAUACCACCACCGUGGCCUGGCCACAUCUCCUUCCACAUACAUACCACCACCAUGGCCUGGCCACAUCUCCUUCCACAUACAUACCGCCACCAUGGCCUGGUCACAUCUCCUUCCACAUACAUACCGCCACCGUGACCUGGCAACAUCUCCUUCCACAUACAUACCGCCACCGUGGCCUGGCCACAUCUCCUUCCACAUACAUACCACCACCGUGGCCUGGCCACAUCUCCUUCCACAUACAUACCGCCACCGUGACCUGGCCACAUCUCCUUCCACAUACAUUACUACACUGUUUCUCAAUAAAGGAAUUAAUAUCA